AUGGGGUGUGGGGGAUCCAAGGCUCUAGCAGCAGUAGACAACCCUCCGCUCCCCCCACCUACCAAGCCUGUAGCACCACCAUCAGUAACCGCAGCAGCACCAGCAGCAGUGGUACCUUCCGCAGCAGAGAAGCCCGAGAAACCUUCGCAAGCAACGACCGCAGCUCUCGCAGCAGCGCCUCCUGCGACGGAAGUCUCCAGCCUCGCGAAAGACAUCUCUUCCGCCGCAUCAGUCGCGCCCUCGAAGCAAGACCCGCCUGUCGUGCUGCAAGAGUCGCCGCCUGAAGCCGCCAGUGACACUGUCGUUGAUGCUCCUGGGGAGAAGGCCGAGGCACCGGCGGCAGUAGGUCUGUCCGCGGACGAAAACGGGUCUGCGGAGUUCAACCGGUCUGCGGAGGCCCAGCAGGCGCAAGUUGGUGCGGCGGAUGAGGACACAGGGGAGGCAGCGGAUGGCGGAAGCGGAAGGUUAGCAGGGGAAGGAGGGGGGAGCGAGGCGGAGCAGAGCGGGCGUGUAGCUGAGGUUGGUGAAGGGCAAGAGCACGAUUUUAGCAACCGGUGUAGUGAGGAUGACGGUGCUAUUCAGUCUUCGCAUCCGAGUCUGAGGGAAGGCGAGGAAGGCGAGGAAGGCGUCUCAGCGGAGGCAGCAGCUGCAGCGGAAAUGGCUGGUGCUCAGGACACGUGUGCAUCCGCAGCGGCGGCUGCAGAUGUGGCAGAGGCUCGAGACAGCACGGAUGACCUACCAGAAGCAGGAGAAGCAGCAGGAGCAGCAGCAGCAGACGCAGCAGCAGCAGAAGCAACCCCAGCAGAAGCAGCAGACGGGAUUGGGUCAACCGCAGAUGGCAGCACGGGGGGUGAUGGUGAGAGCAGUAGUGCUGAUGCCACCGCUCGGAGCAGUAUGAGCUCAGGUUCAGGGGUUGCUGUAAACAAUCCUAGGGGGGGUAUCAGCGGAGCUAAAAGCGGGGGGAUCGUCUCAGAAUCUCGGGACAGCAGCGCAGCAGCAGGAGGAGGCGGAGCCCCGACGAGCAACAGCGCGGGGAGUGGGGGGGGAGGCGGAAGUGCGUUCCUCGCGCACAGCGCCAUCUCGCGCUCGUUAUCCAAUGACAGGCACCGCGCGCACACGCCCCCGCUCCCCCCCCACCACCGCCCGUCCACCAGCUCUCCUCUGCAAGGCCCCAACCAGCACAACCAGCAGCAGCAGCAGCAGCAGCAGCACGGACACAGCCAGCCCUCAAGCCACUCCCAGGAGAAAACAGGUCCGAACCAACAGCAGCAACAGCAGCAGCAGCAGCCGGUUUCUAACGAGCGGAUAGGCAGCAGCCUUCUAGGCCGAUCUAGCUCCAACCGUUCCUUAGGCCGACCCUCCCCUCAACCCUCCACCCCCAAGCAAUCCCCCUCCCCCAACCAUUCCGCCUCUCCCCAAGGAAUGCUCCGCCCAGCCAAAUCCAACCCCCACAACCCCCUCCCCUCCCCCCGCCAGCCCGGAACCCCCCUCCCCAGACCCCCCUCCCCCCCCAUGUCCCCCCACGGGAUCCUUCGCGUGCCUGGCUCCCCCGCGCCCCUCUUUGGCGGAAUGGCGCUCCCCCUGCCCUCUCCCCAGUCAUUUGGCUCGUCGAAUUUGAGUGGCGGAAGUGCAGGGGCAGUGGGAGGCAGUGGGGGGACUAACAUAGGAAGCAGCGGGCUGGGGAGUGGUGGUGGGGGGGGUAGUUUCCGAAGGACGGGUUCAGGCGCAGGUGGGGGCUCCGGGGCGUUCAGCAGGGAGAAUCUUCUGGGGGAGGGCGGAUUCGGGGGCGUGUACAAGGGGCAUGUGGGCGCGUGGCCUAUAGACGGCGUGCCUAUAGUGAUGGGGCAGAAAAUCGUGGUGGCGGUUAAGAGACUGAAUAAAGAUGGGCUGCAGCUUAUAGACGGCGUGCCUGUAGUGAUGGGCCAGAAAAUCAUGGUGGCGGUUAAGAGACUCGAUAAAGACUGGCUGCAGGUGAGUGAGAUUGUGUGUGUUGGGGGGGGGGAGGUGGGGCAGCCUGCAGGCUGUGUGCCUAUAGUGAUGAGGCAGAAGAUUACGGUGGAGGUUGAGCGACUUGGUAUAGAUGGGCUGCAGGGCCACAAGGAGUGGCUGGCGGAGGUGAACUUUCUGGGAAACAUCCAGCACCCGCGGCUGGUGCGGCUGCUGGGGUACUGUGCGGAGGAGGAGCACCGGCUGCUGGUGUACGAGUUUGUCCCCAACAAGUCCCUCGAAGACCACCUCUUCAAGACCAAUGGAGCCAAGGGCGGGCCGGGGCUGGCCUGGCUGGACCGCAUCAAGGUUGCUCUGGAUGCCGCCAAGGGGCUGGCUUACCUGCAUGACGAGACGGAGAACCAGGGGCUGCUCCUGCUGGGGUACUGUGCGGAGGAGGAGGACCGGCUGCUGGUGUACGAGUUUGUGCCCAACAAGUCCCUCGAGGACCACUUGUUUAAGACUGGAGGAGGCAACAAGGGCGGGCCGGGGCUGGCCUGGCUGGACCGCAUCAAGGUUGCUCUGGAUGCCGCCAAGGGGCUGGCUUACCUGCAUGACGAGACAGAGAACCAGGGGCUGGCAUACCUGCAUGAUGAGACAGAGAACCAGGUGAGGCGUUCUAUCUGCUUACGCUGGCAUCUUCAGGCAAGAGGGGCGGCUGUUGCUGCUGGGGUACUGUGCGGAGGAGGAGCACCGGCUGCUGGUGUACGAGUUUGUGCCCACAUCCUGCUGGGCGGCGACCUUCACGCG